UAUUAACGAUAUAAAUCUCCAAAAUGGUUGUAAAUACUUAGGAAUAAUCCUCCAUGAGAUCGGACAUGCCCUGGGUUUGUGGCACGAGCAAAGCAGACAGGACAGAGAUACCUUUGUCUCGAUAAUAACAAACAACAUUGCAAGUGGGCGAGAAAACAAUUUCUUGAAAAGACCCGGAGUAACCUACGGAACACCAUACGAUUACGGAUCAGUCAUGCACUAUUCUGACAGGGCUUUUGCAAAGUCGGCCGGGCUUAAGACAAUUGUCGCCAAGCAGAGCGAUUACACAAGGACAAUGGGACAAAGAGUCGGUUUAUCAUUCAAUGAUAUCAGAGCUAUUAACUACCACUAUUGUCAGAGUAUAUGCACCGGGGGAUUGACAUGGUCAUCAUGUAGAAAUGGUGGAUACCGGGAUCCCAGAAGUUGUGGACGUUGCAAGUGCCCGGAUGGUUGGGUUGGACAGUAUUGUCAGUAUCCAAAGAACCCUGCGACUGCUGGAUGUGGAAACAAGUAUAGAUAUGCCACAUCAUGCUACAGAUACUUAAAUACACCUGGAUACUUCUUUCCUUGGAGGUACACAACCAACGCGGAAUGUACUUGGAAAAUAUUGGCACCUUCAGGAAAACGUGUUCGAUUCCAGUUCAUUUGGGCCUUUGGUAUUACUUGCAACACAAGAUGUUUAGACUUUGUAGAGGUUCGUUACAAAAGUCUCUCUAAUACUGGACCAAGGUUCUGCUGUAACACAAGACCCACAAGAAUCUUCACCUCCACCGGCCGAGUGAUGUUGAUCCUAUUUAGGACACACUCCAAUUAUGUAUCAAGAGGCUACAGGGCAAGAUUCAGAUAUGUCUAA